UUUCUCAUUUUUCUGUUAGUAAGUAUGUUUGUUACAUAAAAAACAACUGUGUUUCUUUCUAUCUUUAAAGUUGUCGUAAAUUUACAUCGCUGCUGGUAUGGAUAGUUUUAAUGUGAAAUAUUCGCAGGCGAGUAUUUAGCAUUUUUGUGUUGUUUAUUUGUCAUCCCCCCUGUGUGUAAAGGCCUUUAGAAUGAAAGUCCGAAAUUCAGAAGUAAAUGUUGGUGAAUUUUCUAUUUUGAGCAACAUAUGGAAUUCCAUAUAAGGCUUCACUUCUGUUUCAGUUGUCUCACUUCUCACUUAUUUCCCUUCACUUCUUCUAUUUCUCUUUCUCUGAUGUGUAUUUUAUUUAUUUCUCUAGUGGAUUAUUCUGUGAAGCUGCUGCUCUGGUCGGAUAAAGAAAAAGUCAGACUCCAACUAUGGGACAUCGCAGGCCAGGAACGUUUCAUAUCUAUGAACAGGGUUUAUUAUAAAGGCGCAGUGGGCUGCGUUGUGAUGUUUGAUGUCACCAGCUCGGCCAGCUUCCUUAGCUGUUGCCAUUGGAAACGAGACCUGGACAACAAAGCCUUGCUGCCCAGCGGAGACUCCAUCCCCUGCAUCCUGCUGGCCAACAAGUGUGACCUAGCUCAGCGGGUUGUGACCGCAGACAGCAUCGACAGGUUCAGUAAGGCCAACGGCUUUGUUACUUGGAUGGAGGUUUCGGUCAAAGACAACAAGAACAUUGGGGAGGCGAUGAGGAGAUUGGUGCAGGAGAUUUUGUCGGUUCAGUGCAGUCUGGACCCGCUCCAACCCGGACCUCAAGACAGCGUUUACCCUCAACUGGACUCAGAGUGCAACAGAGGAGCACGCUGCUGCUGAAUCACAGCGACAGGCAAACACAGUCAGGACCUGCUCAUUAUUUUAGAUCCUCAAGUUGUUUGAGGCACCACUGAGCACAGCACUUUACCCUAAAGUGCUUCUAUAAGGGGACAGAAGAAUCACAAGGAGGUUGCCAGUGGAGGCAUCCUAGAUGUUGAUGUUGGGCGGUGUAGAUUGGUUAUGCUGCUGAGUGUUCCGUACAGCCGCCAGGUCACCCCCUCCAUUAGGCAGAGACACAUGGUGUGCGUUGUGUUCCAAUACCCAUACUAACAUAUUAUUUAGUAUGCAAUUUUGAACACAGCUGUGGUGUUCCCAUGCUAACAAGGGGUGUGUGUGUGUGUGUGUGUGUGUGUGUGUGUGUGCAUAUAUGGUGUAAGGCAAAUGGUGUGCAGGUGCUGCUGUGUUAGUGUGUGUCAUACAAAGUCACAUGGAUGUGCAUGUGCCUUGGGGGCGUCAAAAGCUCACACACAUGCUGUCGACAUUCUGCUUUUCAUUUGUCAACAUGACCCCGUGAUUGCAGAGACUUGUGGGUAAAUCCCCACUGUUUUUAAAGCAAGGCAAGUUUAGAGCACAUUCAAAGCGCUUUACAUAAAACAUCAAAAGACAAAGUGCAAGAGAAACGCAUCAUAAAAGGACAUUUAAAUACAAUUUAAAAACGUUAAAAAUAUGUGACAUCCCUUUUCUAUUAGUCUAUGAUAAGUACGAACACACGACAACCAAAAAUGUGAAAAAGUAGAAGUAACAAUUCAACAAUAUUUAUUUAAACUCUAAACUACUAAAGGUAUAUUCAAACGAAAGGUUCAACAACAUCCGUGUCACUAUAAACUCCUCAGGCUUCCUCCUAUUAUGCUGGGCCCCACUCUGCUGAUCGGCCAGCAUGAAAUCUGUUGAACCCAAGGAGCAGCAUGACUGGCCUGCACAGCUGGAAACCAAUCACCUUAUUGGCACAUGAAGAGGAAACAAGGGAGGGAGAGAGAAAGAAAGGCAGGAGGGGAGAAAGCACAUACACAGGCGCCUUGCCCCAGCCUGACACGUAACAAUACAAGAGGAUAGAAAAUAGAAAACAAGUUCAAAUACAAUAAGACAGCUUUAAAAUACAAGAACAAAAGUUGUAAUGCAGUGUAAGAAAUGAUUCAAUUAAAGGCAGCGGCAAUCAGAAAAGUCUUCUGCCUUGAUUUAAAAUAGGUGACAGUUGCCGAGAGUUAUACGGUGACCUUGGAUCGGUUUUUCGAAAGGAAGAUGUGAUGCGCUGGUAAAAGCUCUGAAGCGUGUGGUGAAGAAAUUUGACCUUGAAUAAAUUAAAUUUGGAUUUAUAAAGGUAGACUGUGAUGGGUGAGGGUAAAGCAAAAUAUUCAUGAGAAAACUAGUGAUGGCAACAGUUUGUUCUCAAGUGGCUCCUCAAGCAAUGUUAGAUAAUGUAAUUUUACAAGUGGCCCAAACCUGUGUGGGAUUCAUCAAGUUUAAAUUAACAAUUAACAUCUCAGGUUUGUACAGUUAAUGUAGUUUAGCAGAUGUCUGACAGAUGAACACAGCCCAAAACAAGGUCAACCCUUAUCCCACACACACACACAAGCAGAAAUAAAUGCUGGCGAUUUGCAGCCAUGUGACUUUCUCUGGUGUUUGCACUUCCGCGUGGCUUUUCUGCCCCUGUGAGUUGGCUUCUAUUCUUAUCAGGAAGGCAGGAGCUCUCUGCUGUGACUCAGUCAUCCACACAUGCUAUAAUCCUGGAGAACCCUCAACAAAUGGACGGAUGUUGCACAGAUGGACUUUUAAUGAAAGUGGCUAUUUGUCAUUACACAACAAGUAUGUCAUCAUGCCCCACUCGUCAUAUUAGUUUCUAUUCGUACCAUUUUGCACUUCAGCAGGACUUAUUAGCCCUGAGUGGACUGCUGUUAGUGCAUUUUACUACUUUUAGGACAGAAUGAUUUAAAUGAGGGCUAUUUAAGUGUUCGUACUGGGAAAUUGAUGUACUUCAUUAUCCUCUGGUCUCUGAUGUCUCUUUAUGCAUCCGUGGCCGCUCCAUCGCAGCCCUAUCUAGUGGCGGUUGUCAAAAAAGUAAAAUGUUUGCCUCUUUGCUUCUAUACUCUUUAGUAUUAGAGAAGAGAAGCCGUUAAUCUUUCAAUGAGCCGAACCAUAAUACAAUUAAAAUGCAAAUAGCAUAAGAUAAUUAAAAGGAUACAGGCUAUCAUGAACAGUAAUUUAAAAAGUCUGGUUAAAUGUUAAAGUAACAUAGAUCAAGCCCAGUAGUUCAUGUUGUGCAUUUUAUGUUCCGUGACUGUAGCAUGAAAGGCAUGGUGAAAUUAGCAACUAACCAGCCGCUAAAUCAGAAGAAUUUAACAACUAUUGCUCCAUCCACACACUCUUGUUACAGCGUAGGAUAGCACAUUGCUAUCGCCAGACAAUCAGUCAUUAACACUGAUUAACCAGAUUUUGUAAUAUGCUGAUGCUUAAUUUCAAGUCCUCAGAAAAGGGACACAUUGUUUGUCCCGUGCUGUGAUAGAAAUAAGACUUUAAACAAUCACGCUUUUGGCUCAUUGGUCCAAGAUACUGAAAUGUAAUCCAAUUUAGGACACCAUGGAGCUUUAAAAAGCAUCUCAAGACCUACUGGUAUGGGCAUUUGUUCAGUUUGACUAUGUUUUUAUGUCUUGCUAUUUCUAUGCACUUUACCUGAGAUGUUUGAUCUUGAAAAGUGCUACAAAGAUACAUUUGACUUACUUCUUACUCUUCAUCACAUAUCCUCAUUAAACAAUAAGGAGAAAAAAUGUAAACUAUGCUUUUCUGGCGGUGGAAAGUGUUAAAGUUGGUGCAGUUUGACCUUGGCAUUCGGGGCCGACAGUUACACAUUUGCUUGAUGCUGCUAUUGAAACUUCC